AUGGGUAUCUCACGCGACUCUCGUCACAAGCGCUCGGCUACCGGCGCGAAGAGGGCCACCUACCGCAAGAAGAGGGCGUUCGAGAAGGGUCGCCAGCCCUCCAACACCCGUAUCGGAACCAAGAGAAUCCACCUGGUCCGCACCCGUGGUGGUAACCAGAAGUUCCGUGCCCUUCGUCUCGAAUCCGGCAACUUCUCCUGGGGUUCUGAGGGUAUCUCCCGCAAGACCCGUGUCAUCGUUGUUGCCUACCACCCCUCCAACAACGAGCUCGUCCGCACCAACACCCUGACCAAGUCGGCCGUCGUUCAGAUCGAUGCUGCUCCUUUCCGUCAAUGGUACGAGGCUCACUACGGCCAGCCCAUCGGCCGUCGUCGCCAGCAGAAGACCGAGACCACCGAGGAGAAGAAGUCCAACAGCGUUGUGAAGAAGCAGGCUGCUCGCUUUGCUGAGCAGGGCAAGGUCGAGUCUGCUGUUGAGCGUCAGUUCGAGUCCGGUCGUCUGUACGCUGUUGUGUCGUCCCGCCCCGGCCAGAGCGGCCGCGUGGACGGAUACAUCCUGGAGGGUGAUGAGCUGGCUUUCUACCAGCGUGCUAUCCGCAAUGAAGACAUCAAUCCUCCUCCUAAGCGACACCCACACCCUAACCCCCUCCCCUCCCUCCCACCCCGCCAGCACCACCCCCUACCGGCACCCCCUCCCCCCACGGACCUCCUCAUCCACGCCGGCGACCUCACAAAAGUCGGACACAAGCACGAGCACCUCACCACGCUCUCCUUCCUAAAGUCCGCCCCAGCACCCCUAAAACUCAUUAUCCCGGGCAACCACGACAUAACCCUCGACGAGCCAUACUACAAGCGUAUCGGGCACUACCGCCACCGCUACCGCACCGACCACACGGCGCCCUCCGCAACCGCCGGAAGCGAUAAUGUUUCCGCGGGGAAACUCACGCUCGGUAGGGGACUGUCUGAUGAGGAGUUACGGGAGAUAAAGGAGUUGUAUACGGGGAAGGAAGCACAGGAUGCAGGGAUUAGGUAUCUGGAGGAAGGGAUGCAUGUGUUUAGGUUGGGGAAUGGGGCUGUGCUGAGGGUGUAUGCGAGUCCGUAUACGCCUGAGUUUUGUCAGUGGGGGUUUGCGUACCCCCGAAAUAUGGACAGGUAUAAUCCUCCGGAGGAGGAGGAGGGUGGGGAUGAGGAUGGGGAUAAUGGGGAAGGGGAAAGGGGAAGGAAGGUAGUAGUAGUGCCGGAUUAUCCCGGGGUGGAUGUGAUGAUUACGCAUGGACCGCCGUAUGGGGUGUUGGAUCAGGUAGUGCCGAAUCAUAUGAGUGUGGGGUGUGAGCAUUUGUAUCGGGCUGUGAAGAGGGCGAGGCCGAGAUUACAUGUGUUUGGACAUAUUCAUGAGGGGUAUGGGGCGACGAGGAGGGAGUGGAGUUCGGGGAAUGAAAGUGUGAUUCAGUGUGAUAAGGAGAGGACGUUGGAGGAACGGUGUGCGAGGGUGGAUGUUAGUGGGGAAGGGGGCAAUGGGUUGAGGGUUGGGGAGGAGACGUUGUUUGUUAAUGCGAGUGUGGUGACGGUGCAGUAUCAUGCUGUUAAUGCGCCGUGGGUGGUAGAGAUGGAUUUACCGGCUGAGUAG